UGAAGGCAGCAGCAGCCCUCUCUCCUCCGCCUGUCCAUCCAUCGUUCACCGGUUCUGCUGCGAAGCGGACUGACGCCUCAUUCUCCUCUUUUCUUCCUCUCACUCAACGUGCAUCAUUUGAGAGAAAAGAAGAAGGGAAGAAAAGGAAAAAAAACAAAAACGACGCUCGAGACGCAGAAGUUUCUCGGCUCGUCUGGAACCGUUACGCUACGUUCACCGGCGAUUUUUCUCCCCGUUUCUUUUAUUUUUUUUUGAAAAAAGAAAAACCUCUCGUCCCUCUACUUUACUAUAUUUCUCCCCUCUUCCAACCCCGAGGACCCAGUCUGGUUGUACUGGCUAACACUGGGCGUAGCUGAAGAGGAUUUCUUGCUAGCUCGCCGCUGCGUUGACGGACCAUCCUUUGCUGUCUCCAGAAAGCCUCUAGAGUUGUGGCCAUCCUGUGAGAUUUAAGUCAGCCAGCCCUGCCACGCAGAGACGGACCACUACCAUUUAAGGGGAGAUGAAGCCGGAUGGGGUUGCCAUAGCAGCAAUGGAGCCAAUGGAAACAUUGGACUCCAAUCCAGUAAAUGAGGCAGCACCGGCCGCAGGACAGGAGCCCAACCAGGCAGCCAGUCCAGUGGAGGGGGAGAUGCCACAGCAGCCGACAGGAGAGACAGGUCAGGCCGAACCUCAGCCAGACCAGGCCAAGGAAACCGCAGCUGCCAAGACCAGCAACAAGACCUCAGGAGAGUCCAAAGCCAAGACUACCAACAAGGCGCCAGCCAAGACAAAGCCCAGCGCCACUAACCCAACCAAGACUACAUCUGGCUCACGGCCCAACACAUCCCAGAGCCGCCUCUCAAAUGGCGUGUCAAAACCUCAGACCAACGGUGUGGCGAAGAAGACUACACCUGCUGCAGACAAAAAGAGCACCCCGACCUCAGCUCCAUCCAAAAAACCAACAGGGACGGCUGGGGCCCCAGCCUCCAAGACCACUACCAAAGUGGGUGAGAAGAAAGCCGCAGGGACUGGCCCUAAUACCAACAGUGCAAAGUCAACGACCGGAACAGCAGCCAAAAAGACACCAUCCACAACUGCGAAUGGUGUCAAAUCCAACACCACUGCAGCUGCUGCUAAAAAGCCCCCAGCUCCAAAACCUGCUUCUGCAACAUCCACCAAGCCUAGCUCUGUUGCCUCACCCAAACCUGAUAAGCCCGCAGUUUCCAAGACAACCAGGACCCCAACCACGGGAGCAUCACCUCGUCCUGCCACGGGCUCAACUCGGCCACCCUCCAGCGGCACAGCCAAGAGCUCCACAGCUACAGCCAAACCUGCCACCCCUAAAACGCCCUCCACCUCCGCCAGGCCCGCUGCCCCCAAAUCCACCUCCUCUACCCCCUCUGGUGGCAAACCUCCAGGACCACAAGCAUCCAGGACCACAACCCCUCUGAAAAAAGAUGUCACCAAACCAGCCACCCCAGCAUCCAAAAAGCCUGCAGAGUCUCCCCUUGCUCGUGCUUCCUCUACUACAAAGUCCAAACCGGAGACGCCCAAGUCAGCUUCAAAAUCAGACGUCACCAAGAAGCCUACUGCCAGUAAGGCUGCAGACACAAAGACACCCAACCGCAAAGAGAGCAAGCCCACACCUUCCAAGGAUGCCUCCAAGACCCCUGCCUCCAAAACAAGUGCAACCAAGACUUCUAGCCCAAAGAAGACUGUGGGAAGCAGCACUCCGACUCCCGUGAAACGUGGCCCCAAAGCUGCAGCGGCUGCUGAACCUGAAAAGGAAAUUGCUGCAGCAGUAGCUGCGGCUGCAGCUAUCGCUACUGCAGCUGCUGUCAUUGCCGGGCCUGAGCAGGCAGAACCUCCAGCAGAAGUAGCUUUGGAGCCAUCUGCUGCACAAAUAUCAGAGCCCACACCAGAACCCGUACGGGAACCAACACCGGAACCUGUACGUGAACCAACACCAGAACCUGCACGGGAACCAACACCAGAGCCUAUACGGGUACCAACACCAGAACCAGUACGGGUACCAACACCAGAACCUGUACGGGAACCAACACCAGAGCCCAUACGGGAACCAACACCAGAACCUAUACGAGAACCAACACCGGAACCUAUACAAGAACUAAGUUUAGACCAAAUGCAAGAAGCAUCUCCAGAACCCCAAAUAGAACAACUGCAGGCUGAACCGAUCCAUGAACCAGCCUCCGGUGUACAGUUGGACCCUUUCAAAUUUGAAGAGUCUGCCAACGACACAGUUUCUGCCCUCGGAACCACGGUCAUGUCUCCUCCUUGCUCCCCACCAGGCCUUGCUUCUCCUGUCAGAGAACCACAGAAUGCCUCCUCUUUGAUGGACAUGCACGUCCAGCCUGACCUCUGGGACAGGAACCAGGACCUGGUUCACUCUGACAUGGCUCCCCAAAGCGCAGUCAAUGUGAUGGACUUCCAAACAGAAGAGGAAGAGGAGAAGGAAAACUAUGAAAACUUUGACACACAGGAGACACAGGAAGAGGAGGAGCAGGAGGAAGAAGAGAAGGAGAACCUGUUCAUGCCUACCUCCACAGCUCCAGGGACCUUUAAUGUUAUGGCGCAGCCUCACUUUUUGGGUGCCUCACCUCUGGAUGACUUCACUCCCAGAGAACUGAUCUCCCCUCAUGAAAAGGAGGAGGCAGUGGAGAAGGCUGACGAGGAGAUCAAUGAGGAUGAUGAUGAGGAGGAGUAUGAAGAUGAGGAACAGCGGAGACUCGGCCACCAGCCCUCAUCCAUGAUCACUGACUUGAGCUCGUCUCAACCGUCUGAGGAGUUCCAAGUCCGGUCCUCAGCCUUUGGUGGCUCAGCGGGGUGGCACGGUGAUGACCUGCUGUCUGGGAUGGACUCUGAGGACGUGAGCAGCUGCACCAGCAGUCGACAGCAGGGAGUCUCUGACCUCAGCAGCACCCAGCACACUGCCAUACUGGAGGGCACCCAGAGCUCAGAUGCCCUGGUCGACACCAGCCUACGUGGUUCUGAGGGUGACGGUAAUCUCAUGGGUUCUCCCAAUGUGGAAACCCUGGCUAAUGAGGAAGAGGAGGAUGACGAGGAUGAGCGAGUGGAUGAUAUGGACCUGAGUUCAGAGAGAGUAGAGGAACCACACAGAGCGUUCCAGGAGCAGGAACGAGAUGAAGAAGAGGAUGAAGACGUAGAGAUGCACAGCGAAGGUGUCACUGAGAGCUGCGGGAAUGCAGAUGAAGAUGACUUUAAUGAUGAGGAGCGUUUAGACAACCUCAAUCGCUCCGGUCCUAUGCCUUGCGUCCCCCCUGCCUCUUCGUGGGGCCAGACCAACCCUUUCUCAGACACCUGGGCUCAGCCAGCCUCGCUGCUCUCUAUGUCCUCUCCCAGCCCUGUGUCUGACCACGGUGCUGCUGAGUCUGAGACACCCACCCAGUCUCCUGCCCAGGCCUGUUUGGACAGCAGUGCCCCUUCCUUCGCUCCUCAGUCAGAGCACCAUCAGUCAGCACAUGAGGACAUGAAGGGCUCUGCUCCUGAAGAAGCUGAGAACCUGCUCGCUCCUCCGGCUGCAGCCAUGUCCAGCGCUCUGAGUGGAACAGCUCUGGCCGCCCACAGCAGCAGCGAGACGAGCACACCAGAGGAGCUUCGCGACUACGACAGCAGCUCUGGGGUCGAGUCCCGUUCAGACAAGCAACAGACCCCAGUGCCUGCUUCAGUCCAGCCUGACAUGGAGCAGGAUCUGGGGAUUCACCUAGAGAAAGGCGACGGAGAAGAGGAGGAGGCUGAGACUCUCCCUGCCGACGAAGUCCUGGGAACAGGACCCCCAACUGCUCCAGCAUCCGCCCCUUCCUCUCCCUCCACCUCAGGAGACGAGGCCAGCGACACAGAGGGUGAGAUGCAAAUCAAUGACCCCGAUGCACCGAUGAUGAUGGAUGAGAGUGCUGGAUUUGAAAGCCCUCCUCCCACCUGUAACCUGCCCGCUCUCGAGGAGGAUGAGGAGGCAGGGGACCACGCAGCCGGAGAAGGCGAAGAGGACGGAGGUGGGGCCACCCCUCAGUCGGCCAAUUCUGUGGCAUCUUACGGCUUCGACUGCACCACAUCCAACUCCAACGCCCACUCCAUGGCUGAGAGCUGCGGAAAAAGCCCGGGGAUCUUCUCCCUGGAGAACGAGGAGCAGCUUCCAGAGGAGGCCAAGGACCCCUCCCUCAUCAAGGAGCUGACCCUGCCAUCAGCUGCUGCUGCCGCCCAGGUGGACGACCUGUUUGGCAGACCUGUGGACCUGAUGCCUUUGGGCCACCCCGGAGACAACCACCCCGGCCUGGGUGAUCACCACUACAUGCUGGGGGGAAAGAUUGCGGCGGAGCAGCUGGAGGACGUGGAUCCGCUGGAGCCCAGCCACCACCUCGGGGCCCAGGAGUCUGGAGGCGCCGACGACAGCCAGCCGCCCUACUACUCUACCAUAUGUGAUAAGACUGAUAGUUUUCUGGCAGGUAACGUAUAAGUCCCUCCUAUUACCCCCGGAAUGCACCUUUUCCCUGCAACCCUCCCCCUUUACCUGUUGUUUGUUUUCUCUCCAGUUGGGUUAGAUGGCUUAGAAGAAAAAAAGGAGAGCAAGAUUGUAGGAAAAGAU